CUUAUCCGUAGCUGACCGACACGUUAAAAUCUCCAUUCUGUUAGAUUCUUUCUCGCUUCCUUUGAUCUUCAGUACUUCUUCUCUGCAAGAAACUAGCAAGUCUCCCUGUCUUUGCAAUCCCAUCUCAAAUUUCUCUUCGCUGAUUCUCAGUCUUCGUUUCUCUGAUCCUAUCAUGUGGUUCUCCUAAAGCAAGAUUAAAAGCAAAACCAAUGGUCAAAGAUUCAGCCUUUUAUGACCUUUUGGGGGUUAAGGUCGAGGCGACACCGGCAGAGAUCAAGAAGGCUUACUAUGUCAAGGCAAGGAUAGUUCAUCCAGAUAAAAAUCCUGGAGAUCCAAAAGCUGCAGAAAAUUUUCAGAUGCUCAGUGAAGCAUACCAGAUCUUAAGUGAUCCCCAGAAGCGUGAAAAAUAUGACAUGUAUGGAAAGGAAGCAAUAACACAGGAAUCCAUGGUGGAUCCUUCAGCUGUCUUUGGAAUGAUGUUUGGGAGUGAAUUAUUUGAAGAUUACAUUGGCCAACUUGCAUUGGCGACAAUAGCAUCUCUUGAAAAUGAAGGAGGCAUACAGAAUAUGGAAAUGAAGAUGAAGGUGCUGCAGAGAGAAAGAGAAGAAAAGCUUAUAACAAUUCUCAAAAAUUGCCUUGAAAAAUUUGUUGAGGGCCGGGAAAAUGAGUUUACAAAUUGGGCAAAGUCAGAAGCACGCCGCCUCUCUGCAGCUGCAUUUGGCGAGGCUAUGCUGCACACCAUUGGCUAUAUCUACACAAGGAAAGCUUCUAAGGAGCUUGGAAAGGACAAACGGUUUAUGAAGGUACCAUUUUUCGCAGAAUGGGUACGAGAUAAAGGACACCUGAUAAAAUCACAAGUAAUGGCAGCUUCAGGUGCUGUUUCCUUAAUUCAAAUACAGGAGGAGUUGAAGAAUUUGAAUGGAGUAGAAAACCAAGAAGAGAGCAUGCAGAAAAUCCUUGAAGAUAAGAAGGAUGCUAUGCUUCAAUCACUUUGGCAGAUCAACGUGGUUGAUAUUGAACUUACCUUAUCACGUGUUUGCCUGGAAGUACUUAUAGACCCUAGCGUGUCCCGUGAUGUUCUGAAGUCACGAGCUAAAGGAUUGAAAAAACUUGGAACAAUCUUCCAAUCUUCUUCCCAGGGUGCCAAAGCUGCAUACAGUCGGGAAAACAGUUUGCGCCAUGAAAAAGACCAGGCAAUGAACGCCGGUUCAUCAUCAUAGUUAUAUUGAUUGAUACUUAGCGGUUCCCAUUUUGUCGUCUCUAUAAAUAAACGUGUAGUAUCCACUGUGUUUGGUUUUGUAUCUGCUGUCAUACCUGUCUGCUGUACUUCGAACACCGAGUUCACUACCUGCAGCAUUCUGUUAUAUAGGAUGGUCUUGAUUCAUGUUAGUCAUUGUAGAAUCUGAAUGAGCCUUUGCAUUAUCAUGUACGAUCCAAAUAUUUCUAAUUUAAUGCGCAUUUCCUGUUCCA